AUGGCUGCACCAUAUUCUAAUGUCCAUGUUGCACUUCUAUCACGAAUGGGACGUCGACGAUCUCGAUCUUUAACAUUACCAAAUAAAGGUCCACGAGAAAAUAUUCGAGUGCAAAGUGUUCGACGAAAAGAAUCUUUGGCACGAUUACAGAAGGAACGGCUGAAGCAAAAGAAGAAACAUGAUGAACGAGAUAAAAGCCAGAACGAACAACAACACGAUGAAGAAGAGCAUCAUCAACCAACAGUUAGUCGAUUAGCACAGUCAACUAGGGCAAUGUCGAUCAGAAAAAUGGCAACAUCGGCAGGAGUAACUGUAACUACAGUGAAGAAAGAACUGUCAUCGACACCAUCGAAAACUACACAUGUACAAGAAGAGAAAGACGAUCAUCAUCAACCAACAGUUAGUCGAUUAGCACAGUCCACUAGGGCAAUGCCGAUGAGAAAUAUGGCAACAUCAGCAGCAGUAAGUGUAACUAGAGUGAAGAAAGAACUGUCAUUGACACCAUCGAAAGCUUCAUAUAUACAAGAAGAUGAAGAAGAUCAUCAUCAAUCAACAGUUAGUCGAUUAGCACAGUCGAAUAGGGCAAUGUCGAUGAGAAAAAUGGCAACAUCAGCAGCAGUAAGUGUAACUAGAGUGAAAAAAGAACUGUCAUCGACACCAUCGAAAGCUUCAUAUAUACAAGAAGAUGAACAAAAUCAUACACGUCAAGUACAAGUUACUCAUAUACCACGAUCAGAAUCAACAAUAUUAUUUAAAGAACUUAAUCCAACUACAUUAGGUAAGAAUUCCAAUGCUAAUGCAUUAAUAACAUUCAAAAGUUGA